UCGAAGAGAGCGCGGCGGUUGGCGAAGCGGACCGGCGCAGCCUCCUCCGUUCGGGGAACGGUCCCCGCUGACAGAUCCCCUUCUUCCGGCCGCGCCACCCGGGAGGCGGGUCUCCGGGUCCCGAGGCGGCUUCCUCUGCCCGGUUCUCCCUCCCUCCCUUGCUCUCCGCGGCUUGACUGAGCGGCCUCUGAGGAGGAGGAGGUCGUCGGGGGCGGCGGGCGGAGACCGCGCUCCCCCUUCCCGGGCGGCGGCGGCGGGGCAGGACAAUGGAGGUGGCUGUGGAGAAGGCAGCGGCGGCCGCGGCUCCGGCGGCGGCCGCCGGGGGGCCCUCGGCGGCUCCGAGCGGAGAGAACGAGGCCGAGAGUCGGCAGGGCCCGGACUCGGAGCGCGGCGGCGAGGCAGCCCGGCUCAACCUGUUGGACACUUGCGCCGUGUGCCACCAGAACAUCCAGAGCCGGGCGCCCAAGCUGCUGCCCUGCCUGCACUCCUUCUGCCAGCGCUGCCUGCCCGCGCCCCAGCGCUACCUCAUGUUGCCGGCGCCCAUGCUGGGCUCUGCCGAGACCCCGCCGCCCGUCCCCGCCCCCGGCUCGCCGGUCAGCGGCUCCUCGCCUUUCGCCACCCAAGUUGGAGUCAUUCGAUGCCCAGUAUGCAGCCAAGAAUGUGCAGAGAGACACAUCAUAGAUAAUUUUUUUGUCAAGGAUACUACUGAGGUUCCCAGCAGUACAGUAGAAAAGUCUAAUCAGGUGUGUACAAGCUGUGAAGACAAUGCUGAAGCUAAUGGGUUUUGUGUAGAGUGUGUUGAAUGGCUGUGCAAGACAUGUAUUAGAGCUCAUCAGAGAGUGAAGUUCACAAAAGAUCACACUGUCAGACAGAAAGAGGAAGUAUCUCCAGAGGCAGUGGGUGUGACCAGCCAACGACCAGUGUUUUGUCCUUUUCAUAAAAAGGAGCAAUUGAAGCUUUAUUGUGAGACGUGUGACAAACUGACAUGUCGGGACUGUCAACUGCUAGAGCACAAGGAGCAUAGAUAUCAAUUUAUAGAAGAAGCUUUUCAAAAUCAGAAAGUGAUCAUAGAUACACUAAUCACCAAACUGAUGGAAAAAACAAAAUACAUUAAAUACACAGGAAAUCAGAUCCAAAACAGAAUAAUUGAAGUAAAUCAAAAUCAAAAGCAGGUGGAACAGGAUAUUAAAGUUGCUAUCUUUACAUUGAUGGUAGAAAUAAAUAAAAAAGGAAAAGCUCUGCUGCAUCAGCUAGAGAGCCUUGCAAAGGAUCAUCGCAUGAAACUUAUGCAACAACAACAGGAAGUAGCUGGACUUUCUAAGCAGUUGGAACAUGUCAUGCAUUUUUCUAAAUGGGCAGUUUCCAGUGGCAGCAGUACAGCAUUACUUUAUAGCAAGCGAUUGAUUACAUACCGGUUACGGCACCUCCUUCGUGCAAGGUGUGAUGCUUCCCCAGUGACCAACAACACUAUCCAGUUUCACUGUGAUCCUAGCUUCUGGGCCCAAAAUAUUAUCAACUUAGGUUCUUUAGUAAUCGAAGAUAAAGAGAGUCAACCACAAAUGCCUAAGCAGAAUCCUGUCGUGGAACAGAAUUCACAGCCACCAGGUGGUUUAUCUUCAAACCAGUUAUCCAAGUUUCCAACACAGAUCAGCCUAGCUCAAUUACGACUCCAGCAUAUGCAGCAACAGGUAAUGGCUCAGAGGCAACAGGUGCAACGGAGGCCAGCACCUGUGGGUUUACCAAACCCUAGAAUGCAGGGGCCCAUCCAGCAACCUUCCAUCUCUCAUCAGCAACCCCCUCCACGUUUGAUAAACUUUCAGAAUCACAGCCCUAAACCUAAUGGACCAGUUCUUCCCCCUCAUCCUCAACAGCUGAGAUAUCCACCAACCCAGAAUAUCCCACGACCAGCAGUAAAGCCCAACCCCCUGCAGAUGGCUUUCUUGGCUCAACAAGCCAUAAAACAGUGGCAGAUCAGCAGUGGACAGGCCACCCCAUCAACUGCCAGCAGCACGUCCUCCACUCCCUCCAGCCCUACCAUCACUAGUGCAGCAGGAUACGAUGGAAAGACUUUUGGUUCACCCAUGAUCGAUUUGAGCUCACCAGUGGGAGGUUCUUACAAUCUUCCUUCUCUUCCAGAUAUUGAUUGCUCAAGUACUAUUAUGCUAGACAAUAUGGUGAGGAAAGAAGGUACCAUAGAUCAUGGCCAGCCAAGACCACCCUCAAACAGAACUGUGCAAUCACCAAAUUCAUCAGUGCCAUCUCCAGGCCUUGCAGGACCUGUUACUAUGACUAGUGUCCACCCCCCAAUACGUUCACCUAGUGCCUCCAGCGUUGGGAGCCGAGGAAGCUCUGGCUCUUCCAGCAAACCAGCAGGAGCUGAUUCUACACACAAAGUCCCAGUGGUCAUGUUGGAGCCAAUCCGAAUAAAACAAGAAAACAGUGGACCACCCGAAAAUUAUGAUUUCCCUGUUGUUAUAGUUAAACAAGAAUCAGAUGAAGAAUCUAGGCCUCAAAAUACGAACUAUCCAAGAAGCAUACUUACUUCCCUACUCUUAAAUAGCAGUCAGAACUCUGCUUCUGAGGAAACUGUGUUAAGAUCCGAUGCCCCUGAUAGCACAGGAGAUCAGCCUGGACUCCACCAGGAAAGUUCCUCAAAUGGAAAGUCUGAGUGGUCAGAUGCCUCCCAGAAGUCGCCUCUUCAUGUUGGAGAGACGAGGAAGGAGGAUGACCCCAAUGAGGACUGGUGUGCAGUUUGUCAAAACGGAGGGGAACUUCUGUGUUGUGAGAAGUGUCCCAAAGUCUUCCAUCUUUCUUGUCAUGUGCCCACAUUGACAAACUUUCCAAGUGGAGAGUGGAUUUGUACUUUCUGCCGAGACUUAUCUAAGCCAGAAGUUGAAUAUGAUUGUGAUGCUCCCAGUCACAACUCAGAAAAAAGGAAAACCGAAGGCCUUGUUAAAUUAACACCAAUAGAUAAAAGGAAGUGUGAACGCCUCCUUUUAUUUCUUUACUGUCAUGAAAUGAGCCUGGCUUUUCAAGACCCUGUUCCUCUAACUGUGCCUGAUUAUUACAAAAUAAUUAAAAAUCCAAUGGACUUGUCAACUAUCAAGAAAAGACUACAAGAAGAUUAUUUCUUGUACACAAAACCUGAAGAUUUUGUAGCUGAUUUUAGACUGAUCUUUCAAAACUGUGCUGAAUUCAAUGAGCCUGACUCAGAAGUAGCCAAUGCUGGCAUAAAACUUGAAAGCUAUUUUGAAGAACUUCUAAAGAACCUUUAUCCAGAAAAAAGGUUUCCUAAGCUAGAAUUCAGGAAUGAAUCAGAAGAUAAUAAAUUUAGUGAUGAUUCAGAUGAUGACUUUGUACAGCCCCGGAAGAAACGCCUCAAAAGCAUCGAGGAACGCCAGUUGCUUAAAUAAACAGCACAAUUGGCAUAUGCUUGUUUUUAGAUUUUUUGUUUGUUUGUUUUCAAAAAAAAAAAAAAUUUUUUUUCAGUAAUUUAACAUCGAUACAAAGAAGAGUUUGUGAGCUCUCUGAUCUGUUUUAGACGUUUUACUAGACUUUGAUUUCCUUAAUAACCCAUUUCUUUUAACCGCUUAUUUAAAAAGAAGGAAAAAGAAAAGAAGGAAAUGAAUGGGAAAAAGAAAAUGAAAGAAAGGAGGGGAGAUAGAAAGUAUGGUAGAAGAAAAGGAAGAAAGUAAGAAGCAUCAACAAUAAAAUAAAGAGACAUUCUUCUCCUUGGAUUUUAAAACCACAAUCUGGAGCAAUAGCUACUAUAGAAGGGAAAUUGACUUUGUAUGAACUCUUAAGUUAAAAUUUUAAUGUGGUUUGAAUGUGUGCGUUAAUCUGUUUUUAGAAAUUAAUGCCACUGCUCAUUGAUUAUGGCCCAACCAUAAGAGCUAGGUUUAUUGUACUUAACAGCAAUGCUCCCCAAACAUGAGUGGUAAGGAGUUCUUUCCCAGGAUGCCAACUGGUGCAAUGAAAGGGUAGAUUAGAUGCUAUUACAAAGGCACCUAAUGGUAUAUCUUGUAAGAUGGCAACUGUAUUAAAGAAAAAACAGGAAAACAAA